UCGUGACGUCAUAUCGGGGCCUCUGAUCAUCAACAACACAAGCAGCCGCUGAAUGUGACAUGAAACAGAUAAUGAGCAGCGCGUUUUAUUUACUAAAUCAAUUCAUAUUGUUCUCGCAUUGGUAACGAGUAAACAGUACUCUGAUUCUCUGUGUAUAUCGCUAUCUACACAUCUGAAUGUGAGUGAAAUGACCAGACACAUUUGACGAGUGAUGGAUGAAAGCGGACAGAAGUCCCAGUGUGAUGAUCUGGUGAUCAUUGUGGAGAAUGAAGCGGAGAGUAAGCCGGUGCAGGACAGUAGUGUGAUGAUGAUGAUGAUGGGUCUGAUGGACGUGUGUCCCGUUUGUAAACUCAGUUUCACCAGCAGAGAGCCCAAACUGCUGCCCUGCCUUCAUUCAUUUUGCAAGAGAUGUUUACCUGCUGCCUCCACAGCCAGCCCGGCGCAACAAUUGAACACGAUCCGCUGUCCAGUGUGUCAACAGGAGUGUAUGGAUGUUGAAGUCUUGGAUAACUUCUUUGUCAAGGAUUCCAUGGAAGUGCCGAGUAGUACGAUGGAAAAGAGUUGUCAGCUGUGCGUGAGUUGCGAUGACAACACUGAGGCGAGUGGUUUCUGCGUGGAGUGUGUGGAGUUUCUGUGUGUCACCUGCAUCGAGGCGCAUCAGCGUGUGAAGUUCACCAGAGAUCACACACUCCGACAAAUGACGGAGAUGUCCUCAGAGGUGAUGGGCGCGUCCACACAGAAGCCUGUUUUCUGCGACAUUCACAAGCAGGAGCCGUUGAAGCUUUUCUGUGAAACCUGUGAUCGACUCACCUGCAGAGACUGUCAACUACUCAAACACAAGGACCACAAUUACCAAUUUAUAGAGGAUGCUUAUAAGAACCACAAGGAACACCUGGAAAACAUGACCUGUCAGCUUCAGGAAAAGAAGAAAUUAAUAGAGGACAUAUCUAACGCCAUCAACAAUGGUCUUCAGCAAGUGGAUGAAAAUCGCAAGACUGUGGCGAACGAGAUAAAAAAAUCCAUCUGCAAUCUCAUAAUGGAGAUCAACAGGAAAGGAAAGAUUUUAGUCAAUCAACUCGAGGCGAUCACAAAAGACCAUGAAACUGUCCUGAAAAGGCAACGACAGGAUGUGACCUCACUCUCCACACAUCUCGAUCAUGUGAUCAACUUCACUAAGUGGGCCACAGCCAGUAACAGUGGAACUGCCCUCCUCUAUUGCAAACGCCUGAUCACGUGUCAAAUCCAGUACCUCAUGAGAGCGAAGUGCAACAUCUCGUACGUUCCUCAGAGUUCAGUUCGAUUCCAGUGUCGAACGACUUUUUGGGCUUCAAAUGUUGAUCUUGGUUCUCUAAUUGUAGAGAAAAUUCCAUUCCGUCAUCUGAGUGGUCCACAGUCGUUCUCUUUCCAUCAAAUGAACACAGGGCCCAGACCAGAUGGUGUUCAGGGUGGGUUCCUGAGCUUGCAGCAGCAGCAGCAACAGCAGCAGCAACAGCAACAGCAGCAGCAGCAGCAGCAGCAGAGACAGAGCACGCUCGUGCAGCUGCAGAUGCAGGUGGAGAAACUCAGCCAGCACACCAACCGACAUCAACCACCUAAUCAGUGGCCAUGGUACCACGGCAUGCGCUUACCUGGACCGCUCCCUCAUAGACCCCUGCAGGGUGGGUCACCAUCUCAGUCUUUACCCAGCAUGCCUCAACACGGGCGGCGAUAUAACGCGAGGAGCCCUCCACCUAUACUGCAGCCCUCGGCUCUGCCUCCACAGAAUCUGAGUGGACUCAUCAAUAAUCCCAUCUACCCUCCUAAACCAGUGGAGGUGCUGCCGAGAGCACGCUAUCCUCACAAUGCUGCUGUCUCUGGUGCAGGUUCACUUCCUUCUCCGCACGCUCUCCAUCAGCAAAACGUUCAGGUGACAUCGUACCUGAACAGGAGAUGUGAACCCAGUGUGCUUUUGUCUGGUCAGAGGCAGAGUUAUCCCCCGGCUCAGCUCUCCACAUCAUCAGAUCGAGCUGGACAAGGAAGACUGUUUUCUCAAAUGUCUGUCACCUCGUCGGAACCAAAGACCAAUUCUGGGCUCUGGAAGCGAGUAGAGGCCCCUCAGAGCGGCCCUUCAAACCCCUCUACUAAGAGAAGACGCAGGUCAUCUCCAGGGCCGGUCAUUGUCAUCAAAGAUGAACCAGAGGAUGAUGAUGAAGUUCAUUUUGUGAAGAGCAGUGCUAAAGCCAGUCUUCCAGACAGCACGGGUGUUCAGUCCCAGACGCCGCAGCAGGGUGAGCAGCCAUCAGAGACGACCCCAGAAAUAGAUGAAGACCCCAAUGAGGACUGGUGUGCAGUGUGCCAGAACGGAGGAGAACUGCUCUGCUGUGAUAAAUGCCCCAAAGUCUUCCAUCUUAGCUGCCAUAUCCCAUCUCUCACUGCAUCACCAAGUGGUGAGUGGUUUUGUACAUUCUGUCGUGACCUUACCACACCUGAAAUGGAGUAUAACGAUGGUUGCAGAGAAUCAAACAAUGUGAAAAAGGAUCCGGAUUUUGAAGUAUUUACUCCUGUGGAUAGACGAAAAUGUGAGCGGCUGCUGCUUCGUCUUUUCUGCAAUGAGCUCAGCACAGAUUUCCAGGAACCUGUAACACCAUCAUCGAUGCCAGAGUACAGUGAGAUAAUAAAGACACCAAUGGACCUCUCUGUUAUCAGAAGCAAACUGGAGAACACUGGAUAUAAGACCCCAGAGGACUUUGUUGUAGAUGUCAGGUUGAUUUUCAAAAACUGUGCAACUUUCCAUAAGGAGGAUACUGAGAUGGCUAGUGUGGGAGCUAAUCUGGAGAGUUACUUUGAGGAGCAGUUGAAACUCUUGUAUCCAGAACGAACGUUUGCUGGCGUAAAGGAGGAAAAUGUUGCUUCUGUGGCUCCUGAGAAAACGUCAAGUCCUUCAUCAAAGACUCCUCAAGACACUUUGCAAGAAGAGGAAAUUGUGGGACCCUCCAGUGAAGAAGUCCCUCAGGGAGAAUCUCAUCCUACAGAUAUGGAAGAGAAGCCAGAGAAGUUGAACACCCCUGUGGACUCCAGUCCUGUAAACACAGGCACAGACACAGACAGUAAAGCAACUCAGGAUCUGGAGGGGUAAUCAGACUUCCUCAAAGAAUCUUCCUUCAUGACUGGAUGGUGACAUAAAUACUGUCGCUAGAGCGUGAAAUCUCAUGGAUCAUUGGCAAUAAUUUUAUUGUAUAUGUUAAUUGUUUUAAGCAUUUGGAAAACAGGCAAUGCAAC